GGCAGACAGGGCAAACCGCAAAGCUGCCGCCAGCAGCGGUCGAAAUUGAUCGCAUUUGAUUGAUUCAAUAGCUGUGCGAGUGCGCCGAAGCAGUUCAGCGAGGCUGGGAGAGCGGCGUGACUGCGCUGCCACAAAGGCUGGCAGCGCCCGCGAGUGCUCCGCUACGGCCGCAGCGGCGCCUGCAGUCGUUCGGAUGAUCAUGUUGCAAGGUUUCAUACUGCUGACCGCUUAUGCAAGCGCUUUCGCGCCGACGGGUACGCCUGAACACGCACUCGCGGCGUGGGUAAAGACGGAAGGUGGCUUUAUCGGCGACGUCGCCGUGGAAAAACGAGACGGCGUCCGCGGCCUCUACACCACGAAAGACGCGCCCAAAGGCACGCUGCUGCUCAGCGUCCCGGAAGCGUGUUGUAUUGCCGCGGACGAGGACCCGCAGUGGGGCCUCUCGCUGCGCGAGCUCACGACGGCGCGCCUCGUCGGAUCGCGGACGCGCGGCGAGCAUGAGCCCUACAUCGCGACGCUUCCGAGCGACGAGCCCUUGCUUUGUGACUGGUCGGACGCCGAGCUCGCCGAGCUGCAGUCGCUGAGACUUUCGGAUGACGCGCGGGGCAUGCUGCCGUUCCUCGACGAGUCAACGGCGCGCAUCCUACCCUGGACGAAGGGCACGGAGGCCGACGUGCGCUGGGCCGAACGCAUGGUGCGGUCCCGCGCGCUCCUGUUCGAUGACGGUGGCUUUAACUCUCUGGGAGACCUCGACUCGCCGGCAAUGAUGGCACUUGUGCCCCUUUUGGACCUCGCCAAUCACCGCACGCCGGAUCUUGGAGAAGUUGAGCCCGUUGGUCUCGACCCAUCGGCACGAGCGGUGACGCUCGCCGCGCCCCGGGACCUCAAAGAGGGCGACGAGGUGACCAUCUGUUAUCGCUACGAGGGCAACGAGAAGCUCCUACUGGACUACGGGUUCGCCGAGGCGCUGGGGGGCCAGCCUUGCUACGAGGAGAUCAACCUAGGCGACGAUCUCAUCCUCGACUCGACCCUCGCGGACACCUGCGCCCUCGACGACCUCGGCGCCACGCGGUUCCGCGAGCUUCUCCAGGCGUCACUGGCGGCCGCGCCGACGACGCUUGCGGAAGACCGAGCGAUGUUGUCCGAGUCGACGACGUUGGAGGUAGGCUACGGAGAGUGGCGGGUGGAAUCGGUACGGCUCUUCCACGCGCUGACCUAUCGAAUCGGCCAGAAGGCGUUGAUGACGAAGAUGCUCGAGGCCCUCGAGAGCGACGACCCCGCGGCUGCGCUCGAAACGAUCCGCUUACCACGGUGACUUGUAUAAAUUGUGACGAGUAGUA